CUUCCAUCCUUCAUUCGACUUGCAUACAUACCUCGAUUUAGUGAUCAAUUAAGCACAAUUAGUUACAUAACUCCACCAUGAAAUCCGUCUUCGUAGCAAUUUCACUACUCUGUGCGAUUGCAGGUAGCGUGAGGGGAAAUAUCGUGAUUGAAUCACCGUUCCAGACGAAUUGGGGACAGUGGGGAUCCUGGUCCAGAUGCCCUUUUGGCACGUACGUUCAAGCCAUCCAAAUUCGAACGGAGCCUUACCAGGGCGCCGGAGCUUAUGAGGACGACACUGCCGUAAAUGGAAUCCGGCUCUACUGCGGAGAUCCCAACAAUAUCAAUACUGCCUUCAUUACCAGCCUCGUUGGCGAAUGGGGAAAUUGGGGAAACGUUUUCUCCUGCAGGAGUGACGACCGUCCCCUCGCCCCGGACGGUUAUGUGACCGGAUUCCAGCUCAGGGUUGAAGGUCCCUUGACCUUUGGGGAUGACACGGCCACCGAUAACCUCCGCAUUUUGUGCAACUACCCGAAUCUCGGAAUCCCCGAGCAGACCAAGGAAGGUGACGGACUGAAUUUUGGAAGUUGGACGGACGCGAGAAGGUGCUUAUCUAACCAGGCAGUCUGCGCUCUGCAAACCCAGGUUGAGCCUUAUCAAGGGGAUUCGGACGAUACGGCGAUGAACAAUGUCAGAAUGGAGUGUUGCGAUCGUUAAAGUCGUACGCAUUAAGGAAAUGUCGAGUCGGAGAAAGUUAUAUUUUUUAAGGGAGAAAGUUUUAAAAGGAAAUAAUGCUCAUCUCAAUAAAAAGAAUGUGAAAUGAAAAUGAA